AUGUUGCAACAAUGCAAAUUAAUAAUUUGGGACGAAUGUACGAUGUCACGCAAGCAUGCAGUCGAGGCACUCGAUCUAAGCUUGCAAGAUAUCCGGGGCAGCCGAAUGCUGAUGGAUGGAGUGGUCAUAUUGCUCGCAGAAGAUUUUCGGCAGACGCUACCUGUCAUCGAGCGAGGCAUUGGCGAGAUAAGUGCGUGUAUCAAGGCUUCGCCAUUAAAUUGUUCAGGUCGCUUAGAAAUUCAAACUUGUAAGGGGCACUGUGGUUAUCCGGUAACUCAUUUUUGGCGCCAUGCUAACAAUGUAAUCUUCUUUCAAGCAAAAGGAUCGCAUGAUCAUCCAAGACCUGAAGUAAAGGGUUCAACAGAGACUCGACGGCUUUUCGGUAAUAGUCGGCGAAACCGUAAUGUUUCCGUGGUCCUUACACCUGGGAAAGUCGCACGCAAUUUGGAACACAAUCUACAGAGUAGAACAACAUGCGUGAUAAAUACUGCCCGGGAUUUGAAUUCUGUCAAUAAAUCCACAGCUAAUUAUUGUAGUUUUUAUGAAAGAUGUCAAAAUAUUACACCGUUGGCGCAAAAGCAGGACGUUACAGAGCCUCUUAAGAUUUUGCCAUCUUCUACUUCAUCUUUUACGUCACCCAAUUUGUGUUUUGAUACCAUGUUAACGAGUAAUUCGCAUAUAAAUCAAAUGGGCACAUCAGAUUUUCACAGAGGUGAAAACGCAUAUGCUAUGAUUGAAAAUCGUCAGCCAACAUCGAUUAGAACAUCCUCGAAUUCCCCUUAUUACACUUCGUCUAUGCAGCUUCAUCAACUACAACAUCGGUCUGUCUUAGCUAAAUCAAUGCACAUAAACUCCGCAUGUGAAACAAGAUAUGAUACCCCAGUCCUUCAUGAUACUCAUCGAUUUAAUGAAGCUUAUGAUGACACAUCAAGAAUAACGUCAAGCUCCGGGUAUAAUUCAGAUGAAUUUGUUCCUUCAUUUAUACCAUGCUCCACGUCCUCCAGCUCUCUUAUAAUCGCUAACAAUCAACGCCAUGAGCUAGCUAGGUCGGUGGCAUACUUCGCUGCGCAAACUUCAGAAAUAUUUAACUCUGUGUUUGAACCAGUUUCAAUGCAAGAAAGUCAACUGCCUAAUGUUAGCAGCGAUCUACAAUCGAUCGAAGAUUAUGUAUCUACAAGCGCUUAUGAAAAAACCCCAGAAAACGCCCAGUUACCAUACCAAUGUUCAACGUUUGAUACUAAUCUAAAUACUGAGUUUUACUACAGCAAUUCCAGCGGCGAUAACGGUGUCUGGAACAUUUGUAUUUAAAUGACUUUAAUAAUCGUGUUUCCUUUUAAAAUUACUUUGUACAUUCUUAUUAGAAAGCAUUUAGUAAUAUACAUU